CGUCUCCCAGCAUUCAGCGAGCGCGCGGGCGGCGGGCGCCUCGGUCUGUACGUUUUCGAUCUCUGAGUGGACGGAGGCUGCUGGCCGCUGCGCGGACACGGACGAGGUGGAGGCAGGGGCCGCCAGUGCGCACCCGCCAGCUAUGAAGCCUCCUGCAGCCUGCACAGGGGAUGCCCUGGACGUGGCAGCGCCGUGCUCGGCCGUGAACCACCUCCGAUGGGACCUGAGUGCCCAGCAGAUUGCCGAGCUUACCACCGAACUCAUCGAGCAGACCAAGCGCGUGUAUGACCGCGUGGGCGCCCAGGAGCCCCAGGAUGUGUCCUACGAGAACACGCUCAAGGCGCUGGCUGACGUGGAGGUGUCCUACACAGUUCAGAGGAACAUCCUUGACUUCCCCCAGCACGUCUCUCCCUCCAAGGACAUCCGCACAGCCAGCACAGAGGCAGACAAGAAGCUGUCGGAGUUUGAUGUGGAAAUGAGCAUGAGGCAGGACGUGUACCAGAGGAUUGUCUGGCUGCAGGAGAAGGUCCAGAAGGACUCGCUGAGACCCGAGGCAUCAAGGUACCUGGAGCGACUAAUCAAACUGGGCCGGAGGAACGGGCUACACCUGCCAGAGGAGACACAGGAGAAAAUCAAGAGCAUCAAGAAGAAGCUGAGUCUCCUGUGCAUCGACUUCAACAAGAACCUGAACGAGGACACGACCUUCCUGCCGUUCACACGCGAGGAGCUGGGAGGGCUCCCUGAAGACUUUCUAAAUUCACUGGAGAAGACCGAGGAUGAGAAACUGAAGGUCACACUCAAGUACCCGCACUACUUUCCCCUCCUGAAGAAAUGCCAUGUGCCUGAGACCCGGAGGAAAGUGGAGGAGGCCUUCAACUGCCGGUGCAAGGAGGAGAACUGCGCUAUUCUCAGGGAACUGGUGAGGCUGCGGGCUCAGAAGUCCCGUCUGCUGGGGUUCAGCACGCACGCCGACUAUGUGCUAGAGAUGAACAUGGCCAAGACCAGCCAGGUGGUGGCCACUUUCCUAGAUGAGCUGGCGCAGAAGCUGAAGCCACUUGGGGAGCAGGAGCGGGCUGUGAUCCUGGAGCUGAAGAGGGCGGAGUGCGAGCAGCGCGGCCUGGCCUUCGAUGGGCGCAUCAACGCCUGGGACAUGCGCUACUACAUGAACCAGGUGGAGGAGACGCGUUACUGUGUGGACCAGAAUCUGCUCAAGGAGUACUUUCCCAUGCAGGUGGUGACCCGCGGGCUGCUGGGCAUCUACCAGGAGCUCCUGGGCCUCAGCUUCCAGCUGGAGGAGGGCGCCGCCGUGUGGCAUGAGGAUGUGGCACUCUAUGCCGUGCGGGAUGCAGCCUCGGGCAAGCUCAUCGGCAAGUUCUACCUGGACCUCUACCCCCGGGAAGGCAAGUAUGGGCAUGCGGCCUGCUUUGGCCUGCAGCCAGGCUGCCUACGGAAGGAUGGGAGCCGCCAGAUCGCCAUCGCUGCCAUGGUGGCCAACUUCACCAAGCCCACACCCGAUGCGCCCUCCCUGCUGCAGCACGAUGAGGUGGAGACCUACUUCCACGAGUUCGGCCACGUGAUGCACCAGCUCUGCUCCCAGGCCGAGUUUGCCAUGUUCAGCGGGACGCAUGUGGAGCGGGACUUUGUGGAGGCCCCGUCACAGAUGCUGGAGAACUGGGUGUGGGAGGCAGAGCCUCUGCUCCGGAUGUCCCAGCACUACCGCACGGGGAGCUCCAUCCCCCAGGAGCUGCUGGACAAGCUCAUCAAGUCCCGCCAGGCCAAUACAGGUCUUUUCAACCUGCGCCAGAUCGUCCUGGCCAAGGUGGACCAGGCCUUGCACACGCAGACAGCCGCAGACCCAGCCAAGGAGUACGCCCGCUUGUGCCAGGAGAUCCUUGGGGUCCCCGCCACGCCAGGGACCAACAUGCCUGCAACCUUUGGCCACCUGGCAGGUGGCUAUGAUGCCCAGUACUAUGGCUACCUAUGGAGUGAGGUAUACUCUGCUGACAUGUUCCACACGCGCUUCAAGCAGGAGGGUGUCCUGAGUGGCAAGGUCGGCAUGGACUACAGAAGCUGCAUCCUGAGGCCGGGUGGCUCCGAGGACGCCAGUGUCAUGUUGAAGCUCUUCCUGGGUCGUGAUCCCAAGCAGGACGCCUUCCUCCUGAGCAAAGGGCUGCAGGUGGACGGCUGUGAGCCGCCAGCCUGCUGAUGGCACAGGGCUCUGGCUCCCCACCCUGGCGGGCCUGGCCGCGUGCUACCUGCCCAGGUGCCUUAGUGCCCAGUUGGGGCAGGUGGGGGACUCCAGCCCAGGGACAUGGCACGGGAGGGGUUGCGUGUCCCUCCCCCCGCGCGCGCCCCCCCGCCCAGUCCCUGUGUCCCCAUUGGCUCACGUGGGCUGAAAGGUCUCCACCUGGAGGUGUCUGGAAAGUCUCCUGUCUAGUCAAGACUCCUCUUUGUUGCACUAAUGCAGCCCUUUCCUGGGAGUUUCCCUAGUUAAAAAACAAUUCUUUGAAAUGCAGCCAUUAAAAAAAAAAAAGACCCA